GCCAGAGACACAUACAUACACAACACCAAGUUCUCUUCUUCAUCUCCUCUUCUUCAAUCAAUUUCACCUCCUUCUUGGAUCUCUCCGAUUCCUCUUGAUUUCUUCUCGAUUUCAACAUAGAUUCACGGGUCUUGUGAUGAUCGAAUGUUGCGGGCUUCAAUUUAGGACAAUUUGAAGGAAAAUAAAGGAGAAAAGUUGGAUUUUUUUUGGUUGAUAAACGGUGAAGUGGCGAUCGGUUGGCUGAUUGUGGAUAGACUUUGGAUCUUUGGACUUUGUUGAGCUUUGCCCCUUCGUUCAGAUGUCUUAUACUCAGAACCAGAGGAGUUGAUUUGUGCAUUGUUGGAACUUGUUGAGAAGAGUGCUUCCAGUGAAUAGUUUUGACAAACUGGUUCAUGCCAGUGUAGAUUCUGUAACUCAUACUCUCUUUCUCCUCUGCUUUGAGUCUAGGGCACUGCAAGACUUGGCAGUGCCCAAUGGAUGCAACUACCAGUGGAGCCAGUCCCCCUCUACCAUAUCACAACAUCAUAGAUCAACCUCUCUCCCUCAUCACUCCAUUGCAGCAAACAUGUCAGCGCUUGCAGCGGCGUUGCUAUGGCAUUUCAACCCCCGGAGAAUUCCCCUUGGCUGCACACCCUUCUGUUGUUCUUCAUGUUCUAACCUCUAAUCAUUUGGAUCCUCAGGAGCUGGCUUAUCUUGAGGCAACAUGCAAAUUCUUUAGGCAGCCUGCCAACUUUGCUCCUGAUACUGAAUUAUCGAUGUCAGAGCUUGCGGCACUUGACAUGUGUCAGGAGAGAACCAUUUUUAAGCCAAUGUCAUUUGAGGAGAGGGAGGUCCUUAAGCAACGGUGUGGUGGUUCUUGGAAGCUUGUACUAAGGUUUUUGCUGGCAGGUGAAUAUUGUAGCCGCAGGGAGAAGUCUCAAGUGCUUGCUGGGCCUGGUCAUAGUGUUGCUGUGACCUCCAAAGGGGAGGUCUACACAUUUGGAUCCAAUAGCUUGGGUCAGCUUGGCCAUGGUACUCUAGUAGAAGAAUGGAAGCCACGCCCCGUCAGAUCAUUGCAAGGCAUCAGGAUCGUUCAAGCUGCGGUAGGAGCCGGCCGGACUAUGCUGAUCAGUGAUACCGGACGGGUUUAUGCAUUUGGAAAGGACACAUUUGGAGAAACAGAGUUUGGGGUUGACUGGUCUAAGCUACUUACAACACCACAACUAAUAGAAUCGUUGAAAGAUGUCUUUGUCGUCCAAGCUGCCAUUGGCAAUUUCUUUACUGCUGUCCUGUCAAGAGAGGGUCGGGUCUACACUUUCUCCUGGGGUAGUGAUGAAAGGCUAGGCCAUCAUACACAGCUCAAUGACGUGGAGCCUCAUCAACUCAAGGGUCCUCUUGAGAACAUUCCUGUGGUGCAGAUUUCCGCUGGACAUUGCUACCUGUUAGCAUUGGCAUAUGCACCAAGGGGCAUGUCAGUAUACUCAGUUGGCUGUGGUUUAGGUGGGAAGCUUGGACAUGGUACUAGGAGUGAUGAAAAGUACCCUAAGCUGAUUGAGGAGUUUCAUACUUUGAAUUUGCAACCUGUGAUGAUUUCAGCUGGAUCCUGGCAUGCUGCUGUCGUGGGUCGAGAUGGAAGGGUGUGCACUUGGGGAUGGGGUCGUCACGGCUGCUUGGGUCAUGGGAAUGAGGACUGUGCGAUUGCACCCAAAGUGGUGGAAGCAUUGAGCCAAGUUAAGGUUGCACAUGUUGCCACCGGUGACUACACCACAUUUGCGGUGUCUGAGGACGGCAAUGUCUAUUCAUUUGGAAAUGGAGAAUCCUUAAGUUUGGGGCAUGCCACAGGAGCAGAUGGCCAGCCCAGUAGGGAAAAUGUGCUCAUUCCCAAGCUGGUCACUUCACUGAAAUUGGAAAAGGAGAAGGUAGUGCAAAUCAGCCUCACCAAUUCUGUCUACUGGAAUGCCCACACAUUUGCCCUCACAGACAAUGGGAACGUCUACGCAUUCGGAUCAGGGGACAAAGGGCAGCUUGGCAUCCAACUCGACAUGCAACAAAUGGAGCGGGGGAAUCCUGAACAGGUUGAGAUUGACCUCAGUUAACUCUCAAAAUUCUUCAUUCUUCAUGGUUUAAUUGCAUCUCAUCAGUCAUCAUCAAACUCUAUGACUAUCAUUAACAGCAUUAGUGUUCAUAGUCCCUAUUCAGUCCAUUCAUCUCUUUAAAUUCCUUGUCUAUAUUUAUCAGCCAUGUGUAAAGAAUGAACUGUUGCUUGUACAGUGCAUGAUCAAACCGUUUGUCAUUCAGGUCUUAAGUGAAAAACUGCAAAAUCAGAGCCCUCAAACAGGCAGUUGAUUUCAGUUGAACACUUAGAUGAAAUUUGUCAACUUUUUCUUUUAAGUGUGUGUUCUUUUAA